AUGAAAUUACAUAUAUUACUGCUUAUAAUCCAAGUUUGGACGAUGGUUAGCUUCGCCCAGACGAUUACUUUGGGCGCAAUGGAAGGAAAAUCAGACUCUGAUACCUCGGGUACAGUGUACAUAUUCGACCAAAAUGUUCAGUCAAAUACUUAUUUGCUUCAUCUUCCUUCAACUUAUAAUUCUACACGUACAGCUACCCAAGCAUCAUUAAGUUAUUCUGAAGAUGCUCUUCUAUCGCAACUUAUGGACGCAUCAUCUGCCUCUUCAAUAAAAACAUCUACGAUCAGAGGUAAGAUAUCUUCUGAAUUCUCAACAAAUACAUUAGCAUCUUCAUCAAACUUAGAGGAAAAUUCAAUCAGUUCUUCUGUUAAUUCUAAAGUAUCAAGUCCUACGAGGGAGAAUAUAGUGAAACAUACAUCAAAUGCAAACUCUACAUCAACAAAUGCCUCAUUCUCAUCAAGUAGAGGGGAUGGUAACAUAGUUACGAUACCCAUUUUCUUUACAUCAUUAAUGGGACUCAUGGCAUUCAUCCUAUAG